AUGGCACCCAAAGGGUCUAAGAAGUCGGCGGCUGCAGCGCCCAACAAGACGCUCGUCCUGGACAAUGGCGCAUAUUCGAUCAAAGCCGGUCUAGUCUCGCCAGCCUCGGAGCCUACCUACGACGACUGCAGUGUCAUUCCCAACUGCAUCGCGCGCAGCACACGCGACAAGUGCACCUACGUCGGCGCCGAGCUCGAUUCGUGUAAAGACUUUGGAGAACUGGCGUUUCGCCGUCCAGUGGAAAAGGGCUUCAUUGUCAACUGGGAGGCGGAGAAGGCGAUAUGGGAGCAUGAGUUCAUGGGCGACGCCGUGGGGGAGGGGUUGAGGUGUGACCCGAAAGACACAAAUCUGGUCUUGACAGAGAAGCCAAACUGCCCGAAAGAGCUGCAGAAGAACUGCGACGAGAUCAUCUUCGAGCAGUUCGAAUUUGCGGCCUACUACCGGUGCGUUGGCGCGACACUCAAUGCCUACAACCCUCCCACCGCGUCCUCGUUGGCAUCGCUACCGCAAGAAUGCCUCCUCAUCAUCGACACAUCGUACUCAGACACGACCGUCCUCCCUCUCUACAAUGGCAAGCUCAUACAAUCGGCUGUGCGGCGGCUCACAGUCGGUGGGAAGCUGCUCACAAACUACCUGAAAGAGCUCUCUUCGCUGCGGCACUACAACAUGAUGGAGGAGACAUAUCUGCUCAACGAGAUCAAAGAAGCAGUCUCGUACGUCGUGCCAUCAUCGCAGCAGUUCGCUAAAGAUCUGGAGCGCACUUGGAAAGGACGGCUGGGAGAUAAACGAGAGGUGGAUUCGAGCAUGGUGGUCGACUAUGUGCUGCCGGACUACGAGAAUGCUAUACACGGGCAUGCGCGACCCCACGACCCUGCAAAAUCACGCAUGCGCAGAGGGCUACAGCCGCUGCAAGGACCGAGAGAAGAUCUGCUGCCUCUAGGCAAUGAGCGCUUCGCCGUGCCCGAGCUCCUCUUCAACCCUUCCGAUAUUGGCAUCCAGGAAGCUGGAAUACCUGGCGCCGUCAUGGAGUCGCUGAGCACACUGCCAGAAGCUCUAAGAAUCGGCCUGUUGGCGAAUGUUGUAGUGGUAGGCGGGAACUCGUUGAUUGCCGGCUUCAUGGAACGAAUGCAGACAGAGCUGAGGGCUCUGGUACCAGCCGAGUAUACGCUGAAUGUGGCGCGGGCAGAUGACCCGAUCAAGCACACAUGGCUAGGAGGAGCAAACGUCGCUAGCCAACCCGACUUGUUGAAGGAGUUGCUCGUGUCCAAAGCCGAGUAUGACGAGAGGGGCUCUACGUGGCUAUCCUUCCUGCUGCCGGGCAAACAGGACAAGAGAAAGCACCAGCAGUUCGUGCGAAGAUGGCAGAAGCGUCUUCUUGGCGACUCAGAGCCUAUUGGUGCACACGUCGACCCUUAUGAUCCCACAUCACCGGUCCGCAUAGCGCCUGAAGACCAGGGCGAGUACGAAGAGGUCCUUGACGAGGAAGCCUCAAGAUUCCCCCAAUACAAACCUGCGAAGUAUCUACGCGGCCUACAUCGGGUCGGUGGCGAGGAAUGGCUGCAGGAAAAGGUCGAAAAGGACCUGGCUAAGGAAUUCGAGAAACUCACGCUACGGACGUACACGCCACUGACACUGGACAUGGCCAAUGAGAUCGAAGAGCUCACGGGCACUCCGUACACUUUGAAGGACGAGAACCUGCUUAUGGCGCAAACUGUACACGAGAAGACCAAGCGCCCAUAUACCGACUACAACUUUGGCCUCCACGCCAAAGCUACCCGGAUUACCGAUAUGCGUGCCAGUUUCACACAAGCUGUCGCCGAGAUUUAUGCCCUGAAGCAGGCUGGUUUAGAUAUGGACCUAUCCAAGUUUGCCAACCGAGGUGUUUACGAUCGGCCACGCUGGGUCAAGGACAUCAAGUUAGUCAAGACAGAAAGCGGUGAGCUUGCUCUUGCCUUCCCCCAGCACAAGAGCUUGGAUGAUCUCUUGGAGACGAUGCAAACGGCACCCGCUUGGGAGGCUGAGCCAGAGGUAUCGGACGAGCUGCUCGUUGAAGAGGUCGUUGAGGAACUUGAGGAUGCCGGCCUUGCACAGGAGCAAGUACAGACCAUGGACCCCGACACACCAGCACACAAGAAAGCAGCAGUGGUCAAGAUGGAUGGCGAGAACAAGCCGUUUGACUUCAUGUCGAACCGCCCCGUCCCUCGCGCCAAGCCAGUUGAAGCGCCCGUCAAGGAGGCAAUUGUUGAGGAAGUGGUCGUUCAAGAAACUACGCCACCUCAAGUUGCUCAAGAUGUACCCCAAACCGAGCUUGUUGACCAUGCAGCCGACCCGGAGCCCGUUAACCAAAUCGCUCCAGCUGCAGCGAGCGAGUCGCGACAUGCUAUCCUCGAAGAGAGAGCGAAGCGUUUGGCGGCUGACUUUGCGGCUCUAAAAACCUCAGUUCAGCAGAGCAGCAGAGAUUCGUCUGCUAUCAAGCCUGAAGAGACGAAAUGGCGGCACGUUCCCGUCACUGACAUCAACGUCAAGUUCGCUCUUUACAAACGCCUUUACCAACUUACCGGCUGCCGCAUCUCCGAUCCACACCUCUCUUCCGCGAACACCCUAGGCGAUCUAUACAAUCAUCUAUUAGAGGCCGCCAAACCCCAGCCUACCAGUCUCUUCAGCGCUAUGCAUGUAGAAGGGCAGAAGGCACGUCAGCGAGCGAAGCAGCAGGCCACAUCUGAUGCCGACGCCAAGAGGAGGGCCGACCUGGGCGAUUUGAUUAAUCUGGGCAACGUCGAAUUGCGUCGCGUCAAGCCUACCAAGGUUGAGAAGCGCAGCAAGACUGGUCAAGACAAGGUCAUCAGCUAUGCUCUAUGGGAGCGUGGUCUGGGUUCAGGUAUACCGGCUAGGCUUGAACAGAUGAAGCAGAAGCAAUCGAGGGGAGCAAAGAAGGCACAACCCGAGCGUGGAACUGUCACCCCCUUAACCAGCAAGGCCGCCGGUUUCUUGCUCAGAAAGAGCGGUACCUUGCAAUCAGCACGCGCAAAAGCGGUGUAG